CUGAGGGUUUUUCUGGUGUUUUACGCACAGACUCCGCGGACAGGACACAGACUCCACGCGCUUCAGAUGGCUUUAGCCCGGGAGCCAGGACCGCAGAUCCAGGAGCAGAGGGAUGCAGCGGAUCAGAAUUUUGAUUACAUGUUUAAACUGUUGAUCAUCGGUAACAGUAGCGUGGGCAAAACCUCCUUCCUCUUCAGAUACGCCGACGAUUCUUUCACUCCGGCUUUUAUCAGCACCGUGGGCAUCGACUUCAAAGUCAAGACCAUCUACCGCAACGACAAGAAGGUCAAGCUCCAGAUCUGGGACACGGCGGGGCAGGAGCGUUACCGCACCAUCACCACGGCCUAUUACAGAGGAGCCAUGGGCUUCCUGCUCAUGUAUGACAUCACCAACCAGGACUCGUUCUGUGUGGUGCAGGACUGGGCGACGCAGAUUAAAACCUACUCAUGGGACAACGCGCAGGUGGUGCUGGUCGGCAACAAACUGGACUUAGAGGAGGACAGACAGGUUCCCACAGAGGACGCUCGGAGGCUGGCCACGGAGCUAGGUUUUUUGUUCUUCGAGGCGAGCGCCAAAGACAACAUCAACGUGAAGCAGGUCUUUGACAGUCUGGUGGACGUCAUCUGUGAGAAGAUGAACGUGAACGUGAACGGAGACGCCGGGAACACGUCGGCGAACCUCAACCCGGACCCAAAUCGAGGGUCUCAGACGGGCUGUUUAUGCUGACGGCCACGGGCGAAAGACUGUGCAUGUCACAAAUACAAUAACACAGUGAAUGUUUCUCUGCGUUAAAGCUACUAUCUGGCACUUUAUUUGAGGGUUUUCACCAGUAGAUGGCAGAUGUGAAGCCUGUUCCUCCUCCCGUCACCUGGGCUUUGUUCAGACUCACCUGUGCAAACAGCAGUAACACAGACAGCAUCUAGUGGUGAAAUGCGAGAAUACAACCGCGGCUCUAUUUAUUUUUAUUUAUUUAUCUUUAUUUAUACAAAGGAGCCCAAUGAGAGCACUUGGGUUCUCCUUUUUCAU